AUGGCAAUGGCGGUGCGUCGCCGUGCGGUGUGCGCCCUGGCGCUCCUCGCGCUGCUCUGCGGCUGCGGGGCGAACGCUGAGGGGGCUCAGACGACCGGGGAUGUGAAUGUGUCGGUGCAUGUUUCGGUGGAGGUGUCGUGCUCGGCCACCGGCAACGAGUUGCGUUGGCGCGUUGCUGACAAGGGCGAUUCCACUGCCUGGAGGGAGUGUCCGCAGGCAGUGACGGGUGCGGGGGGCAUUGAAGGCGCUGCUGCCAGCAAUACCCUCUGCCUCGUUGCCGGUUCGGUGUACCUGGACACGUCCCUGACGCGGAGCUGCCCUCCGUCCGCCACAGAUGGAGACACGAACAAAGUUGUUGCGUUCACGAUGAACUGUACGGCGGCCGAAAACAGCGCGCUGCACAAUCUGUCGAGGAGCGAAAAUGUCACCAUCAGUCCAACGGACAAUCCACUCGGCGGGUCCGGCGGUUGUGACCUCCCAAACUCCAGUCAACCCGCGACUGAAGCGCAGUCUCUACCACAACAACCUCCAGGACAACAGCAACCAGCAGGCACACAACAACAACAACUGCCAGCACCUUCAGCUCCUGUCAAGACUGAGCACGCGGACAAUCCGCCAGGCGGCAGUCGGCUGGUGCCCAAUGAACCCACUGAUUCUGCAGGGCUGCCGGUCAGUGCGUCGGAACGCAGAGCUCAGGAACCAUCGGCAAAAGGUCUUCAGACAACACCAACGCCGUCGGUUGGCACUGCGGCUUCGCCAGCACAGACAGCAGACGGGGCAGCCGAUGCACCCGGAGGUACACAAACACCUUCAACCCCCCAAGACCGAUCUGGCACGCCCAACGCCGCCCCUGCCGCCGGCGACAAUAAAGGAACCACCACUACUACUACUACGACGGCGACCACCCACAGUUCGAGUGAUGGGAACGACGCGAAAAGCAACGCGGACGGCAGUGCCACCAACAGCAAUACCACUCAGAAGGCCGUGGCGAACGCUGCGGAUCGCAGUGCCACCUCCACUUUGUUUGUGCGUGCACCUCUCAUGCUGCUCCUCACGGCUGCCCUUGCCUGUGCUGCUGGGUAA